GCCACGAGCGGAUCCGGUGAGCAAGAGAGCAUGGAGGGGUUGUCAUGGCCACCAUGUUAAGAGCUCUGGUGAAGGCGUCCCCAUCGACUAAUAGUAUGACAGUGGUCUCUGGUGACAGCAUAGGCCAAGCUAUAAGAAGCUUCAUCCACCUCUACAUCGAGCAGAGAGUUCCGAACAUACAGCACGAGCAAAUCACUAGCCAUGAGCAACGACCAGCGUCCCCAGCCCGCUGCAAACUCCUCCUGGCCCCGAAGCAGCCGGGAAGGUGACGAUGAUACAGAGUCCGAACGCACCGCAGUUUCUCCAGCACGCACUCCGGAAAUCCCAGACGUGAUCAUGAGGGACGCCCCGAGCCGCCAGAGAACCGCCAACCUUGCGACAUUCCUCGCCUCUGGUAUCUUGACAGAUCCGAUGGAAACGAUCGAGGGAUUUCUCGCCGAAGAGGAGGCUGGACCAGGAACCCUAAGGAGGCAGGUAUUAGUACGAGAUAGUAGUCCAGGAAUCGUGUUUCAGGGAGCAAGCCCAGUGCCAGCGGUACCUGGGGUCGAUGCCUUGCAGCUGAAUCCCAUUACCAGGUCCGAAAUGGAAAGUCUGGAGGAAGGGGAUCUGCUAUCCCUGGACGAAGUUCUAGCACAUUUCCCCGAAGAAGAUAUUCAAAAGCUUGGCAACGACAGCGACAGCGACGCAGAUAGCGAGUGCUCGCACAACACCGAUCCAGAGGCACACGCCCGCAAACGUCAGGGCCGAACUCCUCGAGCAGUCAUAUUCCCCGGCCCGUCGGUCGCGGAGCUAUCGUAUAUCUACUUCGGCAACCGUCACAGGCGCUGGUCCUGCAGGAGAAUCUGCCAGCAUUCAUGUCCACAGGGACAGACAUUCGAUGUCACCGCGGAGGUUCGAACACAGUGCCCGCACCCGAACCAUCGUAGCUGGAGCUACUUGGAUCUGGCGGAUCCCGGGGUGUUAGGGAUGCUCGAGCAAUUGAAAAGCCAGCUGCGACUGGAUCGGCACGCGCGAGGAGAAGAUAUCUUGGAAGGAUUGUUCCAGCGACGGCGGAGGACUAGAACCUGUCCGGCCUUGGAGUUCACUUAACACUCAAAGGUCUCAAAGCAGCAGUGGAGCUGAACAGCCGCUCCAUCAUAUUCAAUUUACUUCCCCAAUACGUGAGAGCUACUGUAUUUGCAAUUGAAAUUCGAGUAGCUUUUGAGCCUACGGGUGAUAUCUUACAGCGCCUGCGGAGUAU